UGUUGUGUCUGGUAGUUUACUUAGUAGGGUGCCAAGUUCAUUACGUGAAGCCAUUAAUAAUAAUAGUUUGAGCAAGAUGGAUGAUGGUGUAGCUCUGAUAGCUCUGCUCUCCUUCUGCUUAAUGCCUUGUAUCCAUGGCCAGACUUGCAGUGAAACCUUCAAUCUGACUGCUACAAUUUCUAUAAAUGCUUCACUGGCUACCUCCUGCAUACAGUGCAUUAAUGUAAAUGGAGAGAUUACAACUAAUGCACAGUGGACUGCCCGAGCCCAACCUAGUAGCAUAGUUCUUUCCAACGGAAUGAAUGGAGUUACUAUAGAAAACGGUAUCUUGGUAAUCAAUGAUGCCACUGCUUUUUUUGGUCUGGGGAUACCUGUCAUCCUACGAUGCACUGGCAGCGAGGAUGAGUUCGUUUAUCAAACUGCCCCACAGUGCCCCACCACUCUCCUCCCUCCUCUCAAUGGAAGAGUGUCUGCUACCUACACCUGUUCCACUGGCUACACUCUGAUUGGUUCCUCUACACGUACCUGUCAGACCAAUGAGCAGUGGAGUGGAAAUGCUCCAACUUGUCAACUCACUAGUGAAGCACUACAGUGCCCCACCCUCCCCCCUCCUCUCAAUGGAAGAGUGUCUGCUAGCGGAGGUGCAGCUACCUACACCUGUUCCACUGGCUACACUCUGAUUGGUUCCUCUACACGUACCUGUCAGACCAAUGAGCAGUGGAGUGGAACUACACCAACAUGCAGUAAAGUACAAUGCCCUGAACUAUCUCCUCCAUCUCAUGGAACUGUGUCGCUAUAUAGAAGUUCAGGAGCCUCUGAGAACAGAGCCAUCUACAGAUGUUCCACUGGCUACAUUCUGAGUGGCUCCUCUAGAUCUGUACGUUUCUGUGACCAUGGAGUGUGGAGUGGAAAUGCUCCAACUUGUCAAGCAUUACAAUGCCCCACUCUCCCCCCUCCUCUCAAUGGAAGUGUGUCUGCUAGCGGAGGAGAUACAGCUACCUACACCUGUUCCACUGGCUACACUCUGAUUGGCUCCUCUACACGUACCUGUCAGACCAAUGAGCAGUGGAGUGGAAAUGCACCAACUUGUCAAGCACUACAGUGCCCCACUCUCCCCCCUCCUCUCAAUGGAAGAGUGUCUGCUAGCGGAGGAGAUACAGCUACCUACACCUGUUCCACUGGCUACACUCUGAUUGGCUCCUCUACACGUACCUGUCAGACCAAUGACCAGUGGAGUGGAACUACACCAACAUGCAGUGAAGCACAAUGCCCUGAACUAUCUCCUCCAUCUCAUGGAACUGUGUCGCUAUAUAGAAGUUCAGGAGCCUCUGAGAACGCAGCCUUCUACAGAUGUUCCACUGGCUACAUUCUGAGUGGCUCCUCUAGAUCUGUACGUUUCUGUGACCAUGGAGUGUGGAGUGGAAAUGCUCCAACUUGUCAAGCACUACAAUGCCCCACCCUCCCCCCUCCUCUCAAUGGAAGCGUGUCUGCUAGCGGAGGAGAUACAGCUACCUACACCUGUUCCACUGGCUACACUCUGAUUGGUUCCUCUACACGUACCUGUCAGACCAAUGAGCAGUGGAGUGGAAAUGCACCAACUUGUCAAGCACUACAGUGCCCCACCCUCCCCCCUCCUCUCAAUGGAAGAGUGUCUGCUAGCGGAGGAGAUACAGCUACCUACACCUGUUCCACUGGCUACACUCUGAUUGGCUCCUCUACACGUACCUGUCAGACCAAUGACCAGUGGAGUGGAACUACACCAACAUGCAGUGAAGCACAAUGCCCUGAACUAUCUCAUCCAUCUCAUGGAACUGUGUCGCUAUAUAGAAGUUCAGGAGCCUCUGAGAACACAGCCUUCUACAGAUGUUCCACUGGCUACAUUCUGAGUGGCUCCUCUAGAUCUGUACGUUUCUGUGACCAUGGAGUGUGGAGUGGAAAUGCUCCAACUUGUCAAGCACUACAGUGCCCCACUCUCCUCCCUCCUCUCAAUGGAAGAGUGUCUGCUACCUACACCUGUUCCACUGGCUACACUCUGAUUGGUUCCUCUACACGUGCCUGUCAGACCAGUGAGCAGUGGAGUGGAAAUGCUCCAACUUGUCAAGCACCCUCACCGCCCACUGUUGCCGGUCCUCCCGGGGAAGUAUUUGCUGGUCAGACAACACAACUCAACUGUUCCUCCAGUGUCAGUAAUGUUCUUACUCUACGCUGGGUGCGUGUUGGUCGACUUCGUCUGCCCUGGUCUGCCACUCAAGUUGGCAAUAACCUCGUGUUCAUCAACCCACAAUCUACAGACACUGGGACCUACUCUUGCACUCUGACCUCCACCAAUGUGGGUAGUAACAUCAUUAUCAGCUUCCUCACACCACCUACAGAAAGUUCGACACUUACAGAAAGUCCAACACUUACAGAAAGUCCGACACUUACAGAAAGUCCGACACUUACAGAGAGUCCGACACUUACAGAAAGUCUGACACUUACAGAAGGAACAAGUGGAAGUGUCGUUAACGAAGUGGUAAUUGCUGUGUCUGUGGUUGGAGUUAUUGGAGUCAUAGUGAUCAUACUACUGAUAUUGUUGGUUUAUAAGAGACGAAGACCUUCUUAUUCCAAUGACCAAAGUGAGUGUGAAACAGUAGCGAUAUUGAACUGAACAAUGCAGCCUUACAGAGUGAGACCGUAAUUUCAUUUCUAGUAACUGUGUAUGCAUAAUAUUUUAUACCAUAAAGCCGCUUGUAUUAUAGAGAUGUGUUUGAAUGAGUUUGUUAUAUGAAAAUU